AGGACAAUGUCCUGGCCACACCAUAUGCCCCCCACCCCACUUAAAAGAGGGGAAAAACCCCAAAACAGAGGACUGUAAUCAGGCUUUUCCUCCAUACAACUGAAUUUUGUUUUGGGUUUUUGUUGGGGGAGUGUUUGGGGUUUUGUGUUGGGGGGUUGAUAAAAAACACAAUUUAGGCUGUUUGGCAUCCCGAAACAGAAGUUCUUAAUACGUCUAAUGUUUCUUAUUUCCGUCAUUAAUCUGAUUGUCAUGAGACUCCAGGGAAAUAAAAGAAGUGCUGGAUUUACAAUUAAAGAAAGGGAAUCUUUUGAGACCAACUUCCUGUCGAGGGGCUUUGUUGAUACCUUUAGAAGACAGUAUCCUCUUGCUGUUGGUUAUACUUAUUGGGGUUAUCAGCAUGGUGGGAGGAAGACAAAUAAAGGGUCGCGGCUCGAUUAUUUUCUUGUUUCAGAAUCUAUAGCAGACAAAGUUCAUGACUCGUACAUCCUUCCUGAUAUCACCGAUAGUGAUCAUAGUCCUAUUGGCCUGAUUCUCCAGCUUUAGUUCUGUCAUCUCUUUUGGGAUCUUGGUGAAUGGACUGCGAAGGUAGUCCGGCAGCAUCAUCCUAGAUGCUGUUUGCUGAAAAGUAUUGAGCUUUUAUUGUCAUUGUCAUUCAUGUUGAAGCCACUAGCAAGGGAAAGUUUUUUUGAUGAAAUUUGCUUAGCAAAAGGGGGCAAAGAAAAGAAGGAAGAGAUGAAGGGGCUGACUGUAUUUAUUUUGUCUGGGCCCUGUGGAGUGAUCUGGGUUUUUCUAGAUUAUUUUACAAGGCAUCUUUUGGAGGAAGAGUUAUGAUGGAACAUUGAAAUCACUUUCGAAAAAAUCUGUGCAAGUUUUUGAACA